GUGCCUUCUCCAUUUGGUGGCUGUCUUCCACAUCAUGCCCCUCCACCAGCUCACCACCAUCACCAUCAUCACGGCGGCUACACACCCCCACCACUAGCUACUGUACCUGGCUCCUACCUGGUGCCCCCUCGCCAGGAGCCUGCUCCGCCCUUCCACCCCGCCCCACUAGUACAAGUCGCCUCACCACCCUCCAUAUUCAUAUCUGAGGUACGAGGAGCGCCACUGGAUGUGCGCAGACAUGCAGCAGCUCUUCCACGUCGCAACUCUGCACGGCGGUGGAGACCUCAGUUACAAGCCCCCAGUGCGUACCAGGCUGGCUGGCUUCACCUCUUAGCUAUGUUCUCUAACCCACCACUGUCGCCGUACAGCCAGAACGAACUUAGUUCACCCGAUUCUACGGAGACAGAGAACUACGAAGCACUACUGAGUCUAGCAGAGCGUCUGGGAGAAGCUAAACCACGAGGCCUGCAUCGUAGUGAGAUUGAUCAACUGCCCUCUUUCAAAUUUAAUGCAGAGACUCACCAAGGCGACCAGACAUCUUGUGUGGUCUGCAUGUGUGAUUUCGAGCCCAGACAAGUGUUGCGAGGUCUACCUUGCUCACACGAGUUCCACGCUAAGUGCGUCGACAAGUGGCUCAAGUCAAACCGCACCUGUCCCAUCUGCCGUGGUGAUGCCUCCGGUUAUUUCAGCUCCUCCGAGUGAACUUCAUCCUGUUAGCUUCUCUUGUAACUUUGAAGUAUUUAUUGCAACUCAAUUCCUUAUAUAAUUGUUACAAUAGUUUAGUGGACUUUAAAAUUCAAGUAUUUAUAUUUUAAAGUGCUAAAACAAUUAUUGUUAUUUUACUGUUACUAACCAAUUAAGUUUUGUGUUAUCAUUGUAGUUGAUUUGCACAUUUUUGUAUUAUUUUUGUAUGUGCCUUCAUGUUAUUGUGAGUUCUGUUAUAAAUUAUGCAAAUGCGAUUUCCAUCUAAUUGUUUUCUGUUUCAAUAAUUAUUGUUUGGUACUCGUUAGUGCAAUUUGUAUGUUUUACUCUAGGCUAGGCUGAAAGCUGAUGCAUUUUUAGUUUUAGAAGUCACCUUCACUCAUUGUAGGAGAGUAAUUACGUUUUGUUUGUCAGUGUGAUAGAUUAGAAUUUUCUACAGGUAUAACUUCCCCACACCCGUUCUUGUGGGUUUUCUACAUCAACUUGUCUGUUUGGUAGUUUCUUGGAGCACGAUUAGGGUUUAACUAUGCUUCUUUAAGAGAUGGCCUUAAAACUUUGGACCACUUUUUAGUAGUUCAUGUGUAACCUGAAAUUCACGUAUCUUGGACUCACGUUUGAAGCCUUUGCAUAAAUAAAUUGGGUGUUGUGUGAUGUGUUGUAAAGAAGACCUGGAUAAGUUCUACCUUGUAACAGUUUCAGAGUACCUAAUAGUUUACUACUGUAUUACAACAGUUUACUAGCUUAUAAGCAAUUAAUUAAUAAUAUUAUGUUGACCUGCACUCUGUAUGUUCUGUUAUUUUCCAUUGAAAUAAAUGCAAGACUAUUUUGCUUA